AACUUGUUCUAAGUAUAGUGUUGCAAAGCGUGAACAAAGCUACACAACAAGCAACAAUAUUUUUUCUAGUGAUUAAGCUACGUUGAUUGCACCUACAGCAACCAUAAGAAAAAGCACAAAAAGCCAACUUUUAUUCCCACCCGCAAAAUACGCGCCCUUUUUCCCACGUCUACCUGCUGCAUUUUCUCCACACAUGCAUAUCGUCUACAACAACAACAACAAUAAUAACAACUUGGUCGAUAUAUUUAAUUCGGAAUAUGUCGACGGACCGUUGACUUCCAAGAGGAUGAUAAUUGGCUCGUUUUCAAUGUUUCUGAUAUUUUCAUAUCUUAAGCUGCUCUACAUACUCGUGGCCAUCUAUUUGGCGCUGCACCACGUCUACUGAAACAGCCC